GGGUAGUCUCAGCCAUCUGCAGGAAACCAAUUAGCAGGAAUAAAGAGCUAAGUGUUUUUCUCUCCUCUAUGUUCAGACCUCACUCUACCUCUCCCCCGCUCACACCCCUCCGUCUCUCUGUUUACUGUAGAUAUAGCUUUAAGAAGACGAUUUUAGGAACACAGGGAGGAGGACUGUGAUAUGCUGCUCUCUCUGCGGCUGUCCUCUCCUGUACGCUCUCUCUGGUCCAAAGGGAAUAUGUGGAUGUUCAGUAGACCCGCUAUUUGACUGGAUUACUACAGAUACAGAUACAGUCCAAGGAGUCCAGAGACGCCGCCGCCACAGCCGCACAGAUGUGGGGUAGUGAUGCGUGGCUGCUGUAGGAGCCAUUAUGGACAUCGGUGAGGGAGGGAGAGGAAGGGAUGGAGGGAGAGAGGGAGGAGAACCUGACAUCAGCACCAAGCCGUUAUCUCAUCCUCUCCUGACCCCGGAAGUGGUUCCUUUUAAGGGGUCGCCCUCUCGUACCUCAGCCCCGGCCCCUGCCAAAGAGCCCUCCAACCUGACCCAGACAGUGCAAGGGGGUGCAGAGGGGACCGCAGGCAGAGAGGAGACCCCAGAAGGGGAGCGGGGUAUAUACUCACAGAAUAAUGGUGUGACACUGAAAGAAGAGCAAGAGAAGGAAGAGAAGCUAAAUGAGAAGGAGAAAGAAAGAUUGUUACUGGUGGACAACAGAGAGGAAACGGGAAGAAAAAACCUUGCACCAGCCCUCAGCAGCAAAGACAGAGGAGAAGAGGAAAAAGAGAAGGAAGAGGAAGAGGAGAGAGAAGAGGCCAUCUCAAACCAAAGCCAAACCAAAUCCAAAUGUAGUCUAUUACCUCGACAGAGCCAGCACAGCUCUGCUUCCAGCACUGUUAUGGCCAGUGGCACAUUGAACAGCAACAUCCACAUCACUGCUUCCAAUUCUCCAAAGCACUCUACCUCUCCUUCUACCUGUCCAAAGCUCUCAUUAUCACCUUCCAAUUCUCCAAAGCACUCUACCUCUCCUUCCACCUCUCCAAAGCGCUCCAGCUUUUCCCCCUCCUCUCCUUAUCCUCAGAAUGAGACAGAGGUGAGAGACACAGGAGAAGUGCAGGGCAAUAGUCCUUGCUUUCCUCUGAGCUUUAAACCCCAGCAGUCUGCUCUGUCUAAGUCCACCAGCCCACCCGCUAAGGAUGAUGGUAGGGCAGAUGCCACUCACACUUCCCUUAUUGCCAAUGGAGACAUCGCCAAAGUUCCAAAACCAAACAACAACCCAGAAGUGAGAGAUGGAGAUAGAGAGAUGGAAAUAGAAAGAGAUGAUGAUGAGGGAAAUGGAGAGAAGGAAAGAGAGGGAGAUGAGAACAUAGAGACUGUAUCUAAGUACCUCCACUCUUCUCCCUCCUCUUCCUCCUCACCCUCCUCUCCCGUCUCACUGAACAGUCACAUGGCAUUAAUGCACUCCCGGAACUCCUGCAAGACACUUAAAUGCCCCAAAUGUAACUGGCAUUACAAAUCCCAGCAGACACUGCAAGUCCACCUCAGAGAAAAACACUCAGAGUCUGGGGGCUCAUGUGUGUGUGGGAGCUUGGGGGAGAAUUGCGUUUGUGGAGGGUCAAGGGGUGUGUGUCUGUACUGUAGCACAGGGAAGGCCCAUCCUCGUCUAUCCCGAGGGGAGAGUUAUGUCUGUGGGUACAAGCCCUAUCGCUGUGGUGUGUGUGAUUACGCCACGUCCUCGAAAGGAAACCUCAGCAUACACAUGCAGUCAGACAAACACCUCAGCAACGUACAGACAGCGGGACAAACACAACAUGCGCACAGCACACACACACACUCCACACACAGCGCGGGCUCCACUGUCAGAGACACGGCAGGCGGUCAGGUGUACGGACACACACACCCCGAAGUCACACAGCCCCCUGAAAACACACCGCCCUACCCCAGCCAUCCCUCCUCCCAGGGUAAGAGGUGGCGGUGUGAGGUGUGUGAUUAUGAGACCAGCAUUGCGCGGAACCUGCGCAUACACACCACCAGCGAGAAACACACACAAAAUGUGCUGCGCCUGAAACACACACACAACGUACUGCAGCUGCAGAGAAGCUACUACCUGGCCCACUGCAGGAGUCUGCCUCCUCAACUCACACUGCUACACAGCACAGGUGGGGAGCAGUCUUUGGAUAUUCAUCAACUAACAGCAGAGGAGCCAGUUGCCCCAGAUUCAACCCUGACCCCCUCCCCCUCUCCUCCUCCCUCCUCCUCACCAUCCCCCUCUCCCCCUUCUCCCCUGUCUCUCUCCCCCUCUCCCCCUCCUCCCCUGUCUCUCUCCUCCUCAUCUCCCCUCUACCGUGGUGUGUUCCGGUGCCUGGUGUGUUUCAGUUUCUCCUCUGACAGUCUGGAGUCUCUUGGGUCUCACCUGAGUGCCUCCCGCUCCCUGCCCCAGUCUGAGUGGCGUUGUCUGGUGGCCGGAGGCUGCUAUUGCAGGCUGUGUGGCUACAGCACCCCCCUCACAGCUAACUUCACCUUGCACUGCCAGACAGACAGACACAGGGCCCGCUACCAGCUGGCUGCCCACCUCUGGGAGAGAGGGGAGAAGGGGGAGGCUGUGGACUGGGAGGAAGUUGGGAAGUUGGUUGCUACAGGCAACCUGGUCCAGCUGAAGUGUAACGUGUGUGACUUCCAGACCACCAGCUUGGAGAAACUGAGAAUACACAGCGUCAACUCCCAACACCAGGCCAGCCUCAGAGUCUACAUGUUCUUAGAGCAGUAUGACAGUGCAGUAGCUGGAGGCUCCUGGUCGUUCCACUGUGUCUUGUGUAAUUACUCCUCCCGCUCUAAACUCCACCUACUGAGACACACCCACUCCACGGGUCAUCAUAAGAGGGAGGAGCUUCACCGCUUGCAGCUUGUGAAAAGGAGGAGCCUGAAUAAAGGAGAGGAUCUAGCUGCCAUCUUCAGCAUCAGGAAGUGUACCAGUCCUGAGAUAGAUGAAAGCAGUGAGGAGGGGGAGAGGAGAGAUUCCUUAUCCCCAGCCAAGCGAUCAUUCUCUUGGCUGGAGGAGACACAGAGCCCCCUCUCUCCCAAAUGCCCCAGAACCGACAAGCACACCACUGACCAACAUACUACUGCCAAGUGCCCACUGUGCCAGGACACACUGAUACACACACACCUGAGACGUCACCUCACACUCAUUCAUAGUGUGGCCCAGGACUGUGUGGAGAAGCUCAUGAGCACUGUGGCAGUGGAUCUGCCAGAGAUUCUACAGAAAGAGCCACUGCAGAGGGAUUCCCAUUCAAGCGACUCCAACACAAACGAAUAUCAAACAAACGAUUCCAACACAAUCGACUUUUACGCAAAGGAGUCCCUCAGAAAUGAGUCUCAAUCAAACGACUCCCAUAUAAAUGAAGAAGAAGUGAUACCAGCCAAAGAUGUCCCUGCUCUGCCCACCCGUCCUUGUGAGGACCAGCAUCUAGCAGAGGACAACACCUCUCACCUCCCAGAGUCCCCCAGCUCCCCCACCCCCCUCCCCACUCCUCCCUCUCCCUCCCUCAGCCAUCUCCCUUCAUCCGCCUUACCUCCCUCUCCUCCCAGCGAUGCCCCACCCUCCUCUGAUCGUCAUUGUUACAGGUUCCGCUGUGGCAGGUGCAGUCUAGCAUUCCGGACACAGGAGAAGCUGAAACUGCACUGGCAGUACCAUGCCAUGAGGGCGGCGACAGAGUGCCACCUCUGCCCCAGACGCUGCCGCAGCCAAGAGGCCCUGCAGAGACACCUGCUCAACACACACCUACAGGACCUACACCUACAGGGUACACACCCUGACCAGAUUGGAGCACACAUCCAACGACCAACCAGCCUGGAGGGGGAGGAAGAGGAGGGGGAGAGUAUGAGUGAAGAAGAUGAGGAGGAGGGAAAUGAAGGAGAGGAGGAUGAAAAGGAUGACCCAGAUGAGGAGGAGAGGCCCAGUCCAGGGGUUAGUAAUAGUGACAAGGGUUCAGGGCAGCAGGAGGAGGAGGCAGGGUCAGAACCCAGCCCCCUCAUCAAGGGCUCGAACUCGACUCUGGAGCGGUUCCUUGACCCGGCUCGGCCCUACAAGUGUUCAGUCUGCUGUGAGUCCUUCACUCAGAGAACCAUCCUGCUGGUCCACUAUAACUCUGUGUCCCACCUCCACCGAGCCAAAGCCAGACGGGCCCUGCAUGACUCCAGCCCCAGUCAUGCUGACACCCCCCAGGGCCUGGAACCAAGCCCCUACCGCUGCAGCCUGGCCCCUGACCCCAGGCCCUACCGCUGCAGAAUGUGUGGGGUGGCCUACAGCCAGAGCUCCACCCUGGACAUCCACCUCCGUUCUGUACUGCACCAGACACGAGCCCGUGCAGCUCGGACCCAGCUACCACUGAACCCCCACACCCACCAAACUCCAGCCUCAGCCUCAACCCAGGCUUCCCACACCCCAGUCCCAUCCUUGAUCCAAACUCAGACCCCUGCCUCCAGCCCUUCGCCUGGAGGAGGAGAGGCAUCUACCAGGGGAAACCCCCCAGCAGCCACCAGACCAGCCCCUGCCCCCCCAAGUCCCUGUUCCUCCCUGAGUGAAGCCCAGCUGAGUGUGGGUGUCUCUGGGCAGGUUAAGGGUCAACAGGCUAAGAGGAGGAGAGUAGAGGACCUGACCGCUUCCGCUGGACAGCAGGACCUGAUGUUACUCCAACAGCAAUUAGCCCAGGCCCAGAUACUACAGCAGCAACAGGAGUUAGCCCAAGCCCAGAUACAGCAACACACAGCCCUCCUCCAGCCCCAGCUCUUUAGUCCAACACUGCUCCCACACCUCCCCUUACUGCAACAGAACCUCCUAAAGCAGCACCUCCCUUCAGCAGCAGAGAUUCUCCAACACGGGAACCUCUUCCCUCCUCUCCCCUUAUCCCCAGACAGCCUAUUCUCUCUACAGCAGCAGCUGCUCCUGUCCUUCUACCUUUCUGGAGGGUUGCAUCUCAACCCCAACACAACCCUUAUGAACCAGACCACCUCAGCUGUCUCCCCUCAGACCACCUCAGCUGUCUCCCCUCAGACCACCUCAGCUGUCUCCCCUCAGACCACCUCAGCUGUCUCCCCUCAGACCACCUCAGCUGUCUCCCCUCAGACCACCUCAGCUGUCUCCCCUCAGACCACCUCGGACCAACAACCCCAGAUAGAGAGGCUUGAACCUCCCUCCCCACAGCCAGAGACGAAUGGAAUCCAGUUUCCAGCCCAUGCCCCGAAAUGUGAAACCCAGGCUGAGACCGCUGGCAGUGACUCCCCCCUCCACCAGACAGAGAAAGAGUUCAACCCAUCCUCCCCUCCUGAGGGAGAUGGAGAGAAGAAUGGAGAGAUGCAGGAGAGUGAGAAGAAGGAGAGAGCAGAGAAGGCCCUCAGAGUUCUGUUGGAAAGAUACGGCUGGGAGCUGGCCCUACAAAGCACUCAGAGCAGACAGAGACAGCAGAACAGAGAGAUGGAGGGAUGCCUGGAGGAGGAGAAGCAAUGUGGAGAAUGUGGGAAGCUGUUCUCUGACUCUCUGAUCCUGAAGAGCCACCAGGAGUUUGUUCACCGCCAGAUGAUCCCUCCUGUAGUGUUGGAGAUGUUCUCCAGACAAUACAGGCUGCAGUACGACCGCCUUUACCCCCUCAGACCCUUCACACCAGGGGAAACUGAGACUACUGAUGUUGCACCCCUAACUCCAGCUUCAGCACCUGCACUUGCACCUUUACCCCCAGCACCAGCCUCAGAUUCAACCCUCGACCAAGCCCAAUCCCUCGCCGCCUCCCAAACCUCAGUCCCAGCCCUUACCCCAGCUGCAACCCUAACAACCAUAGACACAGACCCAGCUGUUCCCACACCACCAGCACCAGCAUCCGUAUCUGUAACCCUGUCCCCAGACCAAGCCCCAGUUAAUUCCCUCUUCCCAGUUCAUGCCAGAGCCUCACCAACACCCUCUCCUCCUCCACCCCCCCGCCAACCACAACCACUUUCAGAGCAGGAUAGUACCACAACGACAAACACCCCUUGCCCUGACCCCUCUCAAACUAUCAUACACAAGCCCAAACUCUCCAUACCCCCUCUCCCCUUACCCCAACUCCCCCUGCCCCGUCUUCCUUUAUCUAACCUCUCCUCUCUUCCCUUCCCCAUAGACCCCUCUCUCCUCCCCCUUGGUCUAAUACAGCCCAUAGCCCUCCAGUCUAUGCUUCAGUACCAGUCCCUGUUAUCGUCCUGCCACCAACCACCCUUAUCCCCAUACACUUCCACCCACUCUGCUCCUAGCCUAGCCCUGCCCUCAUAUACUACCACCCACUGUGCUACUAGCCCAGCUCUACCCCCAUAUACUACCACCCACUCUGCUUCUUGCCCAGCUCUACCCCCAUACACUACCACCCCCUCUGCUCCUAGCCUAGCCCUGCCCCCAUAUACUACCACCCACUCUGCUCCUAGCCUAGCCCUGCCCCCAUAUACUACCACCCACUGUGCUCCUAGCCCAGCCCUGCCCCCAUAUACUACCACCCACUGUGCUCCUAGCCCAGCCCUGCCCCCAUACACUACCACCCACUCUGCUCCUUGCCCAGCUCUACCCCCAUACCCUACCACCCACUCUGCUCCUAGCCCAGCCCUGCCCCCAUACACUACCACCCACUCUGCUCCUAGCCCAGUUCUACCCCCAUACCCUACCACCCACUCUGCUCCUAGCCCAGCCCUGCCCCCAUACACUACCACCCACUCUGCUCCUAGCCCAGCCCUGCCCCCAUACACUACCACCCACUCUGCUCCUAGCCCAGCCCUGCCCCCAUACACCACCACCCACUCUGCUCCUAGCCCAGCCCUGCCCCCAUACACCACCACCCACUCUGCUCCUAGCCCAGCCCUGCCCCCAUACACCACCACCCACUCUGCUCCUUGCCCAGCUCUACCCCCAUACACCACCACCCACUCUGCUCCUAGCCCAGCCCUGCCCCCAUACACCACCACCCACUCUGCUCCUUGCCCAGCUCUACCCCCAUACACCACCACCCACUCUGCUCCUAGCCCAGCCCUGCCUUCUCUGAAGCGUAGGCUGGUGGAAGGGACAGAGGUUAGGCCUAUGAGUGAUGUGAUGGCCGGUGAUGGAGAGGAAGGGGGAGAGAGGGAGGGAGAGGGGGAUGAGCAGAGGAGGGAUAGGCGCCAGAGGACCACCAUCAGUGCAGAGCAGCUAGAGGUUCUAUACCAGCGCUACAGUCUGAACUCCAACCCAACCCGCUCUGCACUGGAGGGCAUCACCAGGGACACAGGGCUGAAGAAACGUGUGGUGCAGGUAUGGUUCCAGAACACCAGGGCUCGUCAGAGGAAGGGCCAGCUCCAGACCCUGGGGAGAGGAGGUUUAGGUGUGGGUCUGGGUGACAACCACAGGCGCUGUCCGUUCUGUAGGGCUUUGUUCAAGGCUCAAAGUGCCCUGGACGCCCAUGUUAGGGCCCGCCACUGGUCCCAAACUGACAGACCUGCCUAUGGCCUGUCUCAUCAGAUAGGUUCCGCUGAUGACUUCAGCUUUUCUCACAACCACGGAUCCUGCAGAGACAGGGAGGGUCCCCCACUCUCCCUCCAGCCUUCUCCCUCUCUCUCCCACCAUCCUUCUCUCCCUACCUCCCUCCAUCCCUCCCCGAACCCCUUUCAUCCCUCUCCAAGCCCCGGGGUCAUCCCCACUGAGAGAAAAUACAUUUCUGGGAAAACAGAUUUGACCUUUGACCUGAACGAACCCGAUAUGGAAGAGGAGGAAGAGGAAGAAGGUCUGUCAGUAAAAAUAUUCCCUUCGUCUGACCAGGCUCAUGAGGGUAACCAUAGCAAUCUGUUGUCUCUGGGAUACAAAUAUGGGAUGGCAAGCUUCAACGUUCAAGACUGUGACCAGAAUUCCAGUCCAAGUCUGUCUGAGAGUGUGGAUAGGCAUGGACCGAGACAGCAGCAGCAGCAGAGGCAGCGUACACAGAUGACCCCCCAGCAGGUGGCCAAGCUCAGAGCCUGUUACAGGGAGCACCCCACCCCCAGCCCCCUGCAGUGUGAGGGCCUGGGACGGCAGCUGGGGCUCCCACGCAGGGUGGUGCAGGUGUGGUUUCAGAAUGGCCGGGCCAAGGAGAAGAGGGCAAGGAGCCUCAGAGUUGACCCCACCACAGGAUAGAGGGAAAGGCAGCAGAGGACAGGGGAGAGAACGCACACAGCCAUGAACUAAGUGCAUGUCACUCACAACAAUAAACCAACCAGAUGCCACAGAAGCCAAAGAGCAUUCUACCAGUGUACCUCACCCCUUACUCAGCCCCAAAACAUCACAGGGCAGACCUCCUCUAGAGCUUUAAGACACCACUCCUCUGUUCCUCUGUCUUGCCUUUCCCCUCCUCUCCUGUCCUCCAACCGAUACCUCAGGAGUUAACCCCUCCAUGCCAACAGAUGUCCCUGUUCUGACAAUAGAAUCUGGAGAACCAGGACACAGUAUGUGCCCCUCCCACUUCUGUUUAAAGACUUUACAAGUGCAAGUAUCAAACUGUUAGACGUUUUAGUGUAUAGAACGUUCUUUCAAAGUAUAAGAAAACUGAAAGACACACAAGCAGCUACGGAAAACAAAAAUGUAAAAUAUUCUUUACAAAGAGCAUCUGCAAAGACUGGCUUGGAUUCCAAAGCUCGUAACCAAAACCUUACAUGUCUGUGGAUUGUGUUGUCAACAUGGUGGUUUUAAUUUCCAAACCACAGUACAAACCAUACAGUGAAGAGUAGAACUGAGACUGGUGCGUAUCAAUAGACUGACUAGUCUACGUGGUGCUGAAGCAGACCUCAACCUUCUCAAGCCAAUGAUGACUCUACUGCACAUGUACUGAACGCUCCUUAUGUGGAUAAUAGGCCAAAUAGCACUGAGCUAAGUCCACUUUGUCCUUUGUGAGAGGUCAUAUAAGAAGCUAUUUUGAUAACGUUCGACCAAUAUAUGUCACAACUUUAACCAAACACUACACAACAUUGUCUGUGUUUAGUAAAUGUUAAUUAAUAUGAAUAUUAUGGAUUAGCGGUCGUUGUUAUGCUUCGAUAAGACACGUGUAAUAUUGUGGUGUAUGAGAACAUAAUGUAGGCGUUAUGAUGUGGAGUUGCCUUUUCUUAGUUAAGUAAAUACCAAUGUGUUGUGUAAUAUAAUUCCAUGUCUACUAUACUCAGGCCAACUGAACUGUUUUUUAUUUGGUCGUAGUAAUGUACUAGUUUCUCUUCUGUUCCUAAUGCCAGACACAAAGUCUGUUUUGAAACCUUAUGAUGUAAAUAUUGACUGUUGAUAUGAAGUUCCUAUAAUGGUAGUUCAAAAGAAACCUCUCUGGAUUUGAGAGAUCUGAGCUUUCUGACCGAUAAUUGAUAGUUCCAUUAUUACAUUAUUACAAUGUUAAAUGGUGUAAGGGGUAAAUUAAUGUACAGUAUGUAGCUUUUAUAUGGUCGACUCAGUCUCCCCUGAGACGGCCUCUGUUCUGACGAACCAUACUCACUGAGAGUUACUGACGUUAUACUGAUGACAACUUCGGAUGUUGAGUUAUACUGAUGACAACUUUAGAUGUUGUGUGCACUUAACUCUCACACACUCUAACCAUUUUUUCUCUCGCUCUCUUUCUCAUCUCUCCUCUUUUUGCUCUCUAAAUGUAAUAAUAUUACUGUAGUAGCAGUAAUAACUAUGAUCAUAUCGAAUGCUUUAAAACACAACCCAAAGACAAUAACACUGUAAACAUCGAUGCAUAAAUCCCACAAAAAACAACUUCAAAAGUUGACUUGAUAAUGUAACAUUGAUUGUUGGGAAGAAAGAGUGAUGGUAUCAGAACUGCUGUAUCUGUCUUCACCAGGCCACUGGUGAGUGUUACACUGUCACCACCAGAUAAACCAAAACCUGUUAUUAUACUAGGAUGGAGGAGCACUUCUCAAAGCCCUCCCCCCAGCUACUAGUGCACUCAGUAAGAGUGUACUCAGUAGGGAACCAAACCCCAGCCCCUAGUGUACCAUACUCAGUAGGGAACUACUUCAGAGCCAUUGCAGUGUGUAGAGUGGUUGAAAUGUUUUCCUCCUCAAUGUCAAUGUCUUUUUAACCAGAUGGAAGAAUCUAUCUCAGUCUUUGAGGAUGUCCAGUUGGCUGCUAACGUAUUUUUUAAAAUACUUUAAUAACAACAAACUGUUAUAACACACAUGACGCUGUUCAUAACCUGACCUUUUAUUCUGAUGUUAACAAAGAGAUACUUGGGGCGGCAGUAUUUACUCAGUAAUGUAUCACUAUGUGGACAGUGGUUUCUGAACAAAGAUACAAAGAAGUUACAAUGACACUAUAAAGAUAAGAUACUUCUAUACUUAAGAUCCUGCAUAGCUAUUCUAUGGCAGGUUGUAUUGUAUCGAGCCCAAACCUUCCACAGGUCUGUGUACCAGUAUAUUUCUGAUCUUGUGUCGCUGGCUUGUUUAGCCAUGUUUGUUUCUGCUUUAGGCCAACAAUGUAGCCUUGUAGCUAUGUAGCCAUGCUUGUCUCUGCUAUAGGCCAGGCAACAAUGUAGCCAUGUAGUGACAUAGACACGUAUCCCAUGUACCUGGGUAGCCACGAAGUCAUGUAGCCACACAGAUUGUAGCCAUGUAGUGACAUAGACACGUAUCCCAUGUACCUGGGUAGCCACGAAGUCAUGUAGCCACACAGAUUGUAGCCAUGCAGUGAUACUGAACACAGAAACAGUCAUCCAGGCUAACCUUCCAAAGGAUUCUAACUCUGUUUACCCAUAGCUCUAUAUCUGACCAAUGUUUACCACAAUACCAAUGAUCUUUCUUCUGUACUGAAAUUCCAAAUACUGUACCACAUGGCAGUUGUUAUGUACAUAUUGUUGUUUUAUUCCUUUUGCUUAUUUUCUGAAUAACUGUAAGAUGUAAAUAUGGUGUCGUUCCUGGAAGCUGUUGCCGUAGUGAUAACCAAAAGAUACCUGUGUUGUGCACCUGUCCCAGUCUCUUGCUCCAGUGGUUAACUGUGUUCCUUCUCCCCAGUUUUCGAAUGGAUGUCUGUUUUCUCCCCUCCCCUUUCCAUAGCCACUGAGGUAAAUAAAGUCUGGUUUGGUGGACAUA